CAUUCCUACGAGAUCUCCAUUUCUUACCCUAGAAACCCGGUCCUGCCUGCCAUGGCGGCGGCGGCGGAUUGGACAAACCUCCACCAAGAUCUCCUCACCCGUAUCUUUGUCUUGCUCUCAUGCAUCACCGACCGCGUCAGGUUCUCCGCCCUGUGCAAACACUGGCGCAGCGUCGCGCUGCAGAGCCCGUCCCCGCUUCCCUGGCUCCUCAUGCCCUCCACCGCCGUCACCUCCUGCUACCGGAUCUUCGGCGGCUUCAGCGAUCCGCGUCCAUCUCUCGCCGACCACCCCCGCGGAGCACGCUUCUGCGGCUCUUUCCAGGGCGGCUGGUUCGUGGUCGCGCUGGAGCAGAUCCGCGGCCACGCCCUGCUCAACCUCCGCUCGGGCGAGCGUGUCCGGCUCCCGGACCGCGUCCGCCUUCGAGAUUAUUUCUCCAUGCAGGACGUCGACGACAUACACUUCAAAGACUACACCAGGAAGUGCCCCGUCUUCAUCCGCGCCGCCACCAUGUCCGCCGCGCCGCCUGCCGGCCCUGGCGCUGGCGCUGGCGCCUGCGUCGUCGCCGCCUUGACCACCGGCCAGACCAAUAUCGCGUUCUGGCGCCCGGGGAUGGACUGCUGGUCGACGACCAAGACGGAGCUUCGGGGUGACGCCCAAGACCUGACGUUCCACGACGGGUGGUUCUACACCGUCACGCCCAGGGACGAGCUAUUCCGGUACAAGGUGAGCAACCGUAGAGGCGGCGCGAUCAAGGUGCGAGGCCAGGAGAUAUCCUUCCCCGAGUCGUGGCAGGCCCCGUUGGCGUCCGGGGAGAUCGUCUCCCGCUACCUCCUGCCGUCCGCCUCCGGCGAGGAUCUGCUAAUGGUGAAGAGGUAUGUCCACCCGGCCAAAGGUACGUGGCGGUUCCAGGUCUUCACGCUGCUACAGAAAGGGAGCGGGCUGGCUUGCCGGCGCUUUUACCGGAUGUGGGGGCAGGUGCUCUUCGUCGGCCGAGGAUGCUCCAAGGCCUUCGACACCGGAAACCGUCAAACCGGCUGCGUCUACUUCCUCGACGACGUCUACCGUGGCCCCAUGAGUGUUCUCCAGCAGGACCAGUACCGCUGCACUGACACUGGCUCCUUCUGUUGCUUUACCAAAUCUUCCGACAAUAUCAACCGCUGCCUGCCGCAAGAGCCAGCCUCGGACUCCUCCCCAUGGAUCUGGUAUCUCCAGUGAGCCAGGUUUGAUCCAAGGCAUGAAUGAUGGUAAUUGUUCCAUUUCUUUUGCUGAUUCGUGAAGCAUCGACUCACGCCGUGCUCUGGAUCGGCGCCUAUGUGUUGUUGUUGUUUGUCGUCACAGUUAUUGGUCUUGUUGUAAUCUUUUCCAGAA